AUGGCUUCGACCCUCCUUUGCCCUCCCUCACCAGUUCAAGCUUCAGAUCCUAAUCCUGCCGUUCGAGUUUACAUGGCCGACUUUACCAGCGUCCCUGGGUGCAGAGGAGGAUAUACAAGAGGAGACACACACACACAGAUGAGGAGUACGACACAUCAUGUGAGAAGCGACACACCAGGUAACAAUCUGUCGUUCUUCAUUUUCGGGUGUGUCGUGCAUAAAUUUGAAUCUCCGCGACAAAUUACGAGUGUGAUGCUCCUGUCACGACCGCUUUCUCAUCACCACCACUGCCAUUUGCUUGCCUGUGCCCCACCACCCCCUCGCUCUCUUCCUGCGCGUCUCGCACCCUUGCUAUGGCUGAAAAGGACCAAGAGAACGGUCACAGGUCCCUUCAGCACCCACGCUGAUGGAAUCGGCCCACGAAAAUACCCCCACAGACAGAAUCCAGCACUGAGGCCCAUCGACGAGGAUCCAGCGCCACUUGGCGAACCAACAGGGGCACCCACCGUGCAGCCAGCACCCUUUGCGACGAGGCCACCUCUGCGUCCCACUCGACCACAGCCGCCGGAACCACAUACUGACACCCAGAUGCACCAACACUAG